AUGGAAAAUCAUGAAGUAGAAGAAGUUAAUGAGGAUCAGAUAUUAUGCUUAUACAUAGAUACGAAAAAAUAUCAGAAAAGUUUAGGUGUAUGUUUUUAUAAUUAUUUAAAAUAUGAAUUUUUAAUGACAGAAUUUAUUGAUAAUGGACAUUUUACAGCUUUAGAAUCAUUAUUCAUACAGAAAAGACCACAAAAGUGUUUUUUUAAUAGUACUAAUGAUUUAGUUGAUGAUGAAAGGCUUUUAAAUUUGUUUAAAAUUUGUAAUGUUCAAGCUAUUCCUUUAGAAAAGAAAAAGUAUGAUGCAACUAAUUUAAAAGAUGAAUUAAAGCUAAUUAUAUCUCAUAAUGAUGAUGUAAGAAAUUAUGAUAAACAUUUAGAAUUAGAAAAUGCAUGUAAAUGUUUAAUGGUUUUAAUUAAUUAUUUAAAACUACAAGAAAAUCAAGAUAUACAUAAUCAAUGUAAAAUUAAUAUACAUAAUAUGGAUUUAUAUAUGAGAUUAGAUAAAGCAGCUAUUAGUGCAUUAAAUAUCCUUCCAAAUAAAAAGAAUACACAUAGUUAUAAUACUAAUACAAGUUUAUUGAAAUUUUUAGAUAAAUGUAAUACUUCAAUAGGUUCCAAAAAAUUAGUAUCAUGGUUAACACAACCAUUAACUAAUGUUGCAGAAAUAAAUAAAAGAUUAAAUAUUGUUGAAUUUUUCAUAAAAGAAGAUGAUGCUCGUAAUGUUAUUUUUUGUAAUUAUUUAAAAAGGAUACCAGAAUUAGAUAAACUUAAUCAUUAUUUAAAAGAAAUAAAUCAAAAUAAUGAAAUUCGAGUAAAUUCUAAAUAUAAUGAAGAAAUGAUUUUAAAAGACAUUGUAAAAAUGUAUUAUUCUAUUUUAGAUUUUAAACAAAUUUACUUUACUUUAAAACCUAUUAAAGGAAAAAACAAAGAAACUAUAGACGAAAUCAUUAUAAAUCCUUUACAUGACAUUUUGAAUAAAUUUUCUAAAUUAUUAGAUAUGAUUGAAAUAACUAUAGACUUAGAAGAAGUUCAAGAAAAUAAAGUUUAUUUAAUUUCGACUAGUUUUGAUAGUGAAUUAGAAAUUAUUGCUAAUGAAAAAAAUGCAUUAAUGAAGAAAAUCAAAAAACAUAAAGAUGAUGUAGAAAAAGAUAUUUUUGCAGAUAAAUAUGACAGAACUUAUAAAAGAGCAAAUAGAGAAGAUAUUAGAUUAGUAGAUUGUAAUACCAAUGGAUUUUUAUUUAGAGUAACAAAAAAAGAUUGUGGUUUAGUUCAACAAGAUAAAAAAAAAUAUAUGACAGUGCGUAUGAAUAAAAAUGAAUUUUUAUUUACAACAAAUACAUUAAAAAAUUUAUGUAAACAAUAUGAUCAUUGUUUAAAUAUUUACAAUACAUUACAAUCAGAAAUCAUAAAUAAAACAAUAUGUGCUGUUUCUACAUAUACACCAGUUAUUGAAAAGUUUAUUGAUUUAGUAUCUACAUUAGAUGUAUUAAUAUCUUUUUCAGUCGUUUGUCAUAAUUCACCAUUUCCAUAUGUUCGACCAGUAAUAGUUGAUCAUGGAGAAAAUGUAAUUAUGAGAAAAUCACGUCAUCCAUUGUUAGAAUUACAAUAUAAUUUGAAUAACUUUAUACCUAAUGAUAUCCAUAUGAACAAAAAGAAUAGUAGGUUAAUUAUAGUUACUGGACCUAAUAUGGGAGGUAAAAGUACAUAUAUUAGACAAACAGCUAUUAUAUGUAUAUUGGCUCAAAUAGGUAUGUUUGUACCAUGUGAUUUUUGUGAAGUUCCUAUUUUUACACAAAUUAUGUGCAGAGUUGGAGCUUCCGAUUUUCAAUUAAAAGGAAUUUCAACCUUUUUAUCAGAAAUGAUAGAAGCAGCAGCAAUUGUAAAAAAUGCUGAUCAAAAUUCUUUUAUUAUUGUUGACGAACUAGGUAGAGGUACAUCUACUUAUGAAGGAUUAGGUAUAAGUUGGUCUAUUGGGAAAUAUAUUUUAGAUAAUAUAAAAUGUUUUUGUCUAUUUGCUACUCAUUUCCACGAAAUGUCAAAUAUUGCAUAUCAAUGUGAAGGAGUUAUUAACAGACAUGUAGAAACUACAAUUGAUAAGGAGAAAAAGAAAAUUUGCUUUUUAUAUGAAAUUAAAGAUGGGGCUUCAAAUAAAAGUUAUGGAGUUAAUGUUGCUGAAAUAGCCAAAUUACCAAAAGAUGUUAUUCAAAAAGCUUAUGAAAAAGUAGAGGAACUUGAAUCAGCUGAAAAUAAAUAUUAUUUAAAAGAAAAAUUAAAUAUAGAUACUUCAGCAAGUACUGAUGAAAAUUAUAAAAUGAAAAUUUCAAAUUAUAUGAAAAUAAAAGAUGAAAUUCACCAUUUAUUUUCAUCUACUAAUGAAAAUGAAUUUAUGGAACGAUUUGUUUCCAAAAAAAAUUAUUUAAAAGAAUUAGCUAUCUAA